AUGGGACGUGGGUACAGCAACAGCCGCAGCAAGAGUGCGCGGCCGACGCUGCGCAUGAAGCGUCAGCGGUCACUCUCGCUGCAGCAGCUGAAAGCGUCAGUGCCAAAAACCAACACGGCGUCUCGAAACCUCUCUGCUGUGCGAAAGUCGGACGCCCAAACCCCUACGAGUGGUGCGAAGCAGAAAACUUCGGCAAAUCGAGCAACAACGCAGCAGCGAGACGACAAGGCGAGGGUGCGCUCUGCGUCCACGAUCCGUCAGAAGGUCGCCUUCAUGGAGAAGGAGCUCGAGGGUGAGCUGGAGCCGGAAGAGCGGGUGACAGAGACAAUUGUGAAGCCGGACGUUAUGACGAAGUACAAGUCUGCCGGCCGUGCCCUUGACGAGGUGAUGGACAUUCUGGCGGCCGCGUGCGUGCCAGGGGCAACCACCAAACAAUUGUGUGACCUCGGCGAUGAAGAACUGCUGCGGCGGGUGCGAGCGAUGUUCUCCAAGGCAAAGGACGCCGACGGCAACCGCAUUCUCCGCGGUCUAUCCUAUCCAACCAACGUCUCCGUGAAUCAAACCCUCUGCAAUCAUGCACCGUUGGUAGAGGAGGAGGCCGUCGCGCUCCGCGGCGGGGAUGUGGUGAAGAUUCAUAUGGGGUGCCACAUCGACGGUUACCCAGUCACUGCGGCACGCACGGUUUUUGUUCCAUCCGACGCCAUAGCCGCAACCUCGCCUGAGUCGUCGGGAGGAGCUAUCGCUGCACGUGGGCAGACGCGGCAACUCACUCAAGCGGCAAGUAACGCGGUGGAGGCGGCGCGUGUAGCGUUACGCGGGAUGAUUCAUCUCAUGCAGCCAGGAAGGCUGAACGCCGACGUCACCGACUUUAUACACAGUGUGGGAAAUCACUUUGAGGUACAAGGACUAGAAGGCGUGCUUUCAAACCGUACAAAACGAUGGGUUCCAGACGGCAUGGAAUGCAUCAUUACACGGCGUGUAACGCUGGAGGAUCCUCACCAGGACGUUGCAGAUUGCAACAUAGGCGCAAAUCAAGUAUGGACACUUGAUGUAGCCUUCACCGACCAUUCUUCGUACAAGGUGGCACCCGUGGAAGGGACUGCAACCAUCUACCGCCGCACGGAGGUGGAAUUUCAGAAUGACGCCCGUCUCCGCUCCGUGCAUGCCUCACUGCAAGAAAUCACCGAGAAGCACCAAUGUUUCCCGUUUAGCCUCAAACACUUGGAUAACCCUCUGAAGGCUCGAAUGGCAGUGGCGAUGUUGCGGAAGCAGAACGUCAUUGAUCCUCUGCCCGCCUUGAAGAUCAAGGGCGAGCGCCACAUCACGGCGCGUUUCUCUGCCACCGUGGCUGUCUCUGAGCGGCGUGUGACGGUGCUGUGUGGGCUUCCACCAGCAGAGCCGCUGGUUGUGCCGGAUGAGGUGCGACCCCCGCCCCUUUCAGAUGGCAUCGCUGCUGUGUUGUCCGAACCCCUCGUCUUUGCAGAGAGAGGGGGACCGCAGCGUAAGAAAGCACGCAAGGAAGAGCGGAACGAAUGA